AUGAUGGAAGGAGUGCUGUUAUCAAAACCUUCACCGCUACCAGCUUUCUGCAGGGAGGGAGGAAAACCUUGUAUUGGGAGAAAGUUUAUCACUAGCUUUAAUGCAAGAGAGAAUAAACUGGUUUGUGUGACAGAUGGGAACUCAUUCUUGGGUUCUCAUAUAGUCAAAGAGCUCCUUUCUCGUGGCUACCUUGUACGAGUCACCAUUCAUAACCAAGUGGAUCUUGAGGACUUGAGAGAACUGAUGAAAGAAGACAUGAAUAAACUAGAGAGUGUUGUAGUAGCAAAGAUGAAAGACUUGGGAAGUCUUUGUGAUGCAUUUAGAGGUUGUCAUGCAGUUUUCCACACCUCCUCCUUUAUUGAUCCACAGGGGAUCUCAGGUUAUUCAGAACAAAUGGCAUUUCUUGAAACUGAGAGUGCAAGGAAGGUUAUUGAAGCAUGCGGUAGGGCAGCAUACAUAAGGAGAUGUGUCUUCACUUCUUCUCUUCUUGCUUCCAUCUGGACCUCUUCCGAUUUAGACAGGGUUGUUGAUGAGAGUUGCUGGAGCAGUGAGGAAUUUUGCAGAGAAAACAAGCUUUGGCUUGCAUUGGGUAAGAUGAGAGCAGAAAAGAUUGCUUGGAGGAAGUCAGAAGAAUUGAAAGUGAAACUUGCAACUGUUUGCCCUGGCCUUCUCAUAUCUUCCUCAUUUCCUCGUGCUCACAAAGAAACUUCUUUUCCAUAUCUUAAAGGUGGUUCGGACAUGCUACGACGAGGUCUCCUGGCUAUAGCAGAUGUAAGGAAGGUGGCAGAAGCACAUGUCCAUGUUUAUGAAGCUAUGGAUACUGGAGCUCAUGGACGAUAUCUUUGUUACGAAAAAGUAGUACAUAGCUUGGAUGAAGCCAUUCAGCUCGAAAAUGAAUUGAAUAUACAAGGUCUAUUGUCAGGAGGAAGAAGUGGAAUCAUAUCAGAAGAAAUACACAGCAAUCUUAGUAAUUCAAAGCUUGCCAGAUUGUUGCUUCCAGCCCCUCACAUGUCUUGCAAUCAAUGA